AUGGACGCCUUUUCCAAAAGGGUGAAAACUUUUGACGCGUUCCCAAAAGUAGAUCCACAGCAUCAGGUGCGGUCUCAAAGAGGUGGACUCUCGAGUUUACUCACAUAUUUUUUUGGCUUACUUAUAUUGUGGGUUGAAAUUGGUGGGUAUAUAGGUGGAUAUGUUGAUAGACAAUUUUUAGUCGACGACGUCAUACGAUCGGAUUUGAGUAUAAACCUUGAUAUGAUUGUGGCAAUGCCAUGCGAGUUUCUACACACGAAUGUUGAGGAUAUCACCAAGGAUAGAUUUCUUGCUGGAGAGACCUUGAACUUUGAAGGGAUCAAGUUUUUCAUUCCACCUGGAUUUUCCAUCAACAACCCGAAUGAUUUCCAUGAAACUCCCAAUUUGGAUGAGGUCAUGCAAGAGAGCUUGAGAGCAGAGUUUAGUCAAUUGGGCCACAGGGUUAACGAAGGUGCGCCGGCUUGCCACAUAUUUGGCUCCAUACCCGUCAAUCAAGUUAAGGGAGAUUUUAGAAUAACAGCUAAAGGGUUCGGAUACAGAGACAGGCUGUUUGUUCCACUAGAGGCACUUAAUUUCAGCCACGUUAUACAAGAGUUUUCGUACGGUGAUUUCUUCCCCUUCUUGAACAAUCCGUUGGAUGCUACGGGGAAAGUCACCGAGGAAAAUUUGCAAAUUUACCUGUACUUUUCAAAAGUUGUGCCCACGUUGUAUGAAAAACUAGGUUUAGAGGUUGAUACAACCCAAUAUUCUUUGACUGAAAAUCACCAUGUCGUCAGAGUUGAUCCACAAACUAAAAGACCACGGGGAAUACCAGGUAUUUAUUUUGCAUACGAAUUUGAGCCAAUAAAGUUGAUUAUACGGGAAAAGAGGAUUCCAUUCCUACAGUUCAUUGCCAAAUUAGGAACCAUUGCAGGAGGUUUAAUUGUAGCUGCUGGGUAUUUCUUCAGGCUAUACGAGAAGUUGCUAGUUUUACUAUUUGGAAAACGGUACGUUGAACAGGGCAAGGAGCGGAAAGAAGGUGGGUUGCUAGAUAAGGAACAUUCCAGAGCUAGGGAGUAA